UCUCACACACUCCUCUUACACGCCAAACGUCUUUUCUCAAGAUGACUGCAGGGCUAUGUGUGUGUGUCGUGCUGGCAGUCCUGUGUACAAGCUGUUUGGGGCUCCCUUUCUCCUCCCAGCUCUUUGACGAGGGCCAGCGCUCCCUCUCCGCACCUUCUGAAGCUCUCCUUGAGGCUGACACCCACACCUUGGGAGAGCCCCACCUCCAACACAGCCGCUCUGCCCCCCAGCUGAAAGCUCUUCCUCUGGCUGAGGAGGAUGCAGACUCCCGAGCCAACCUCAGCGAGCUGCUGGCAAGACUCAUCUCCUCCAGAAAAGGUUCUGUGCGCAGAAACUCCACGGCUAACAGCAGAGGGCUGAGUGCCAACCACCGGAUAGCAGACAGGGACUACUUGGGGUGGAUGGAUUUCGGCCGUCGCAGUGCAGAGGAGUAUGAGUACUCCUCAUAAAGGGAAGUCUACGUACGGGCAAACGAGAAAAACAAAAAAAAAAAAAAAAAACUCCACGCAAGCUGGCUCCUCACUGUCUCACAAUAAGAGUCUAUUUAUGAUGUAUUUGUUGUACAUUUGUUUGUAAGACUGUAAUAAUGCAAUAUACAUAUGCCAAAUUUUGCAGAAAAGCUCUCACUGUCCAAGAUUUGUUUGUUUCUGGUUUUCUCUGGUUUCUUUAUCAUUUUGGGUGGAAAGGGGUGGGAUGGUAUCAGGGUCUGUUGAGACUAACUGGACUGAAUAAAGAUUGAAAAUAUCACUCGCUGCAUAUGAAUUCUUCUAAUACAAUGCAUGCUGCUUAAAUUGGAUCCAUUAACAUUCAUUGGGUGCAUUCAUACAGUGUGUCACAAAACAAGAUUAUCUGUGGCACCUCAUUACUGCUGCAA